GUCAUUGAAUUUCACCUAAAGUUUUCAUCUUUUUUAAAAGUAUUUGAGAUUACAAUGUUUUUUUUUACUUGGUUGCUAAGGAAAUUCCUGAAAAAGGGUGUGGUUUGAAAUUGUUUAUAUUGGUUUCUUGUGUUGUUUUGGAUUGAAAUAACUGUAGGCUUUUUAUUUCGCUCUGAAACAAGGACAGGUUGUUUUGGCUAUUUGGUUAAAUUUUUGGUUAAUAAGAUUCUGUCGAGUAAUAGGGAAGAAGAUAAUAAACAGUGAUAAAUUAAAAGUCAUGUGCAGCGGUUCGAGUCCAAAACCUUCUCCAAGUGGUUUGAUUGAGGAGCAUGAAUAUGAAAGACAAGAAGAACUGCACCAAAAGGUUUCUGCUUUGCUUGAGUUUUCAGCUACAGAUGAUUUAAUGGCUUUCAAAGAUGCUGUUGAAAAAGAUGAUCAUGGUGUUGAUGAGGUAGGUUUAUGGUAUGGAAGGAAGAUUGGCUCAAAGGAGAUGAGUUAUGAAGAGAGGACACCUCUUAUGAUUGCUGCCUUGUUCGGAAGCAAGGGUGUAUUGUCGUAUAUUCUUGGAACCGGUCGCGUUCAUGUUAACCGAAGAUGUGGAUCAGAUGGGGCUACUGCUCUUCAUUGUGCUGUGUUUGGUUGUUCUGCUAAUUCCCCUGAGGUUAUCAAGCUUUUGCUUGAUGCAUCUGCAGAUGUUAGUUCUGUUGAUGCGAAUGGGAACCGAUCGAGUGACUUGAUUGACUCGGUGUCUAAUAGUAUCUUUGGUUCAAGGAAGAGGAUACUCCAAGCCAUACUAGAAGGUACAGAUGAUGUCGAUGUUGUUGAUGAUGAUGAUUAUUUUAAGGAAGAAAAGCAGCAACCAAAUGCAGGUACACCUCGAAUUGAGAAGAAAGAUUAUCCUAUUGAUCUAUCCCUUCCUGACAUAAAGAAUGGGAUAUAUAGUUCAGAUGAAUUUAGGAUGUUUUCAUUCAAAGUGAAGACUUGUUCAAGGGCUUAUUCUCAUGAUUGGACCGAGUGUCCCUUUGUUCAUCCGGGUGAAAACGCGAGGCGCCGUGAUCCAAAGAAAUAUCAUUACACCUGUGUACCUUGCCCUGAGUUCCGGAAAGGAUCUUGCAGUAAAGGGGAUGGUUGUGAAUAUGCACAUGGUAUUUUCGAGUGCUGGCUUCAUCCUGCUCAAUACAGAACAAGGCUUUGUAAAGAUGAGACUGAAUGCACCAGAAGAGUUUGCUUCUUUGCUCACAAACCCGAGGAGCUUCGACCGUUGUACGCUUCUACCGGUUCUGCUUUGCCUUCACCUAGAUCAGUGGACCCUUACACACUUAACUCUCCAUCUUCUUUGAUACAAAGGGCCUCGACACCACCUUUGACUCCAUCUGCAGCAUCUUCUCCUAUGAAUGGAACCAUGUUGUGGCAGACUCAGCUUCAUUCUGCUGCAGUCCCUACCCUUCAAAUGCCAAGAAGCAGAUUGAAAACUUCAUUGAAUGUUAGAGAUACCGAUCUAGACAUGGAAUUGCUUGAACUUGAAAAUCGCCUUAUGCGGAAGCUAAUGAUGGAAGAGAUGGCAGCAGGUAUUUCAACCCCUUCAAAAUGGCAAAACUCCAUGCCGAAUAGUCCAUCUUAUCCCGUCUCAUUGACCGAUCAUAUGGGGGAAUCAAAUAGGUUUUCAGGAGUGAAUCCUACUAACCUUGAAGACAUUUUUGCAUCGCAUUUUCAAUCUCCAAAUGGAAUGCAGAAUGUGAACCAGCAACUAUGGGGCUAUCCUUCUGACGUCACCACUUCAAAUAGGAUUGGAUCUCCACCAUUCAUGGCUGAUCCAUCUAUGAAUCCAAGAUAUGCUGCCUUUUCGAAGCGUAGCCAAAGCUUUAUCGAGCGCGGCGUGGCGAGCUUUAAUUCCGAGCUUCCUUCUGUCACCUCAGUUGCUGCGGAGCCUUCUUCUACCUUCUCCAGUUGGGGAUCCUCCAAUGGAAAAUUAGACUGGUCCAUCUGCGGCGAUGAACUGAAUAAGAUGAGGAAGUCUUAUUCUUUCGCCUUUCAAAACAGAAAUAGUAGUACUUCAACAAUGGCUGCAACUGCAGUACCACCAAAUGAUGGUGAACCAGAUGUAUCUUGGGUUAAUUCACUUGUGAAGGAUGCUCCAACAAUGGAAUAUGAUCAAUGUUGUGUUGAAGAUUAGCUGCAAUGCCAUAAUCCAGACGCGGUUCCAUCUUGGCUGGAGCAAUUGUACAUGGAGCAGGAUCAAAUGGUUGUGUGAAUUUAAUGUUAACUCUAGACUAGUUUAUUUAUUAAAUUAUUAUUAUUAUUAUACUUAUUAUUAUUACAUUUAUUAUUAUUCUUUCAAUUCUAUAGAUAUUCAUUAUACUUAGGUGACAUUAUGUAGAGAAAAUAUGGUAAAACGUCAACAAUAUAGAAGUUGUGCAGAAUACAGUAUUCUGCUUCAGUAAUAACUUGUUAUACUAUAAGGAUAGUAUAUGGUUCCAUUUUUUUUUCCCUUAUUCUUUGCAUUGUUUUAGUUGUAUUCAAUUGAGUUGUAACCAAGAGGUUAGUGAUUAAUGUAGUGAGACUGGUUAAUGGAGGUGCUGAUAAUUUGAGAAAUUCCAUUUCUUUUUUCAAA